UAAUACGUCUUUUCGGUCAGUCCUACAUUUUAAAGUUUAAUGAUUAUAUUUUAUUUGUUUAUUUAUAUAUUGUAUAAUUAUAUUUAAAUUUAGCACAAAUCGGAUGGGAUAUAAUUUUUCGCUAAAUUAUGAAAGAAACGGUUUUCGCUUAAACGUAAAUGUUCUGAAUGAUUUAUAUGGAAAGAAGAAAAAUAAUAAAUCAUUCUCUGGAUCUUCUGUUCUACAGAAGGACAUACAGUGCUUCUAAAGAGUUUCUCUAGUUAUGAGUAUGUGUACAUCUUCUUUUAAGAUAAUGUAUUCUCUCGGAAUUAUUUUUAUCCUGCUUCCUGUCAUGGUCCUCGCAGAAAAAAAACCGAAUAUCAUAUUUAUUCUUGCGGACGAUUUGGGGUGGAAUGACGUUGGAUUUCAUGGCUCAGGUCAGAUUAAGACACCUCAAAUUGAUGCCCUUGCUUACACUGGUCUCAUGCUACACAGAUAUUAUGUUACCCCAAUUUGCACGCCCUCAAGGAGUGCCCUAAUGACCGGCAAAUAUCCUAUUCAUACUGGUAUGCAACAUACGGUUCUUAAAGCUGCAGAGCCCAGAGGACUUCCACUCAAUGAGAAACUAUUACCACAGUAUCUAAAGGAACUCGGUUAUAGUACGCACAUCGUGGGAAAGUGGCACCUGGGACAUUACAAGAAGGAAUAUACGCCACUUUAUCGAGGAUUCAGUUCGCACCUUGGAUUCUGGUCUGGCCAUCAAGACUACUUUGAUCAUACUGCAGUCGAAGAAAAGCAAUGGGGCUUGGAUAUGAGGCGUGGAUUAGAUACAGCGUGGGAACUUCACGGUCAAUAUUCUACACAAGUUUUUACCAAAGAAGCGGUGGGAAUAAUAAAAAAUCACACUACCAGUCAGCCCUUGUUUUUAUAUAUUGCACAUACCGCAGUGCAUUCUGCGAAUCCGUACAUGCCACUUCAAGCACCAUUGGCAUCGAUUUAUUCAAAUUUGGGCUGUGAUACAAACCAAGCUCGUUGUUUGUACGCAGCUAUGGCAAGCGAGUUGGAUCAGUCUGUCGGAGAUGUGGUUGCAGCACUUGGAAACAAAGACAUGUUGAAAGAUAGUAUUAUAGUAUUUUCAACAGACAAUGGUGGUCCAGCAAAUGGAUUCAAUGAAAAUUACGCAUCUAAUUGGCCCUUAAGGGGUGUAAAAAAUACUUUAUAUGAAGGGGGUGUUCGAGGCGCUGGAAUUCUAUGGUCUCCACUGUUAGCCAGGACAGGUCGCGUAGCUAAGCAAUUCAUGCAUAUUAGUGAUUGGCUACCAACUCUACUAACGGCUGCUGGUGGAAACACAUCUAAUUUGAAUAUCGAUGGAGUUAAUCUCUGGAAUGCUUUGAAGGAUGAUACCGAUUCUCCAAGGAAAUCUGUUCUUCAUAAUAUCGAUGAUAUCUAUCGCAAUGCUGCCAUCACGAUGGGGGAUUGGAAACUUCUCAUGGGAGCAACAUACAAUGGGACAUAUGAUGGACAUUAUGGCCCAGAUGGAAGAGACUCCAAUUACAAUGAAGAAGAUAUAAUUAGGGGUGCAACUGGCAAUGCCGUUAAAAAAAUUGGAAUGAACCUGACUGUGGAGGUGAUAAAAAAUCUUCGAAAUGAAGCUACCCUGCUCAAAUGCCCAGAUAGAAACCAUACUGUUCCGGAAUGUUGGUCCUUAAAAAGGCCUUGUCUUGUAAACAUUGCUGAAGAUUAUUGCGAACAAAAUGAUCUGUCAGACCUAUAUCCGGAAAUAGUUAAAAAGCUUAAAGAAGAGUUGGAAAAAUACAGAGCAACAGCAUUACCCCCUGGAAAUCUUCCUCUGGACAAGAGAGCAGAUCCAAAUUUGUGGAACCACACUUGGACUCAUUUCGGGGAUUACAUUGCCCCUCUAAACAAGAAUGUUUAGACAAUGAAGAAAACACUUAUGUUUUAAUAAAAAAUAUUUUCAAACAGAGAAAUAUUCAAAUA